AUGCACCACCGGCCCCCUUCCCCGUCGGGAUUUAUCGAGCCACUCACAACAACGGCCCGCGCCCCUGAUGCCCGUUCCAUCUACCAGACUGACUUGACAACCGCAAAUUCUCGGUUGGAGCGGCCCAAUGAAGAAUUCAAGUAUACACCGGGAAUUUGGUCUUCCGGGGGCAGCACAGCAGUGUCUGUCUCUGGCAACCAGACAGAAGACAACACAUUUCGCUCAACUAUUUCCCGGCACUUCCAAGCAGACAUAGACACCACACAUACCGAGAUUCCUCUUUAUAAUAUGCGGGUUCUGGUGCAAAGCGCAUUAAGGCUAAUGGCAAAUGACACAGGAAAUACCAUCUUCUUAGCAUUGGGUGCCUCCGGUCAACCUGCAACUCCCGCAUAUCUCUGGGCGAAGUCUCUGAUCGCCCUAACCGUUUUCAUUGCAAGCAAUAUCAUCUUCAUCCACAUGCACCGAUUCCUGACGCCACGACGCCGCUCAACCAUGAUAAUUUCAUUUGGCCUUCAGACUAUUGCCCUUUUGGCAACAGCAAUUCUUAUACAGCUGGAGGUCAUCACCCCAAAGCCCGAGGACCCCCGGGCUCCGAUCGAAUGGAUGCAAGUCGUAGCAAUCUCACUUCUAGCUUUCCAAGCAGGCGGCCAGAUCUGUGCUUCUCGGGUCCUGGCCAUGGAUGAAAUCCCAACAGUCGUUGUGACGGCUAUGCUAUCCGAUCUCCUUGUUGAUCCAAAGCUGACUGCAAAAUUCAACCCGAAGCGCAACCGCCGGGUAGGGGCUUUUCUCGCAUUGUUUCUGGGCGCUAUGACGGCGGGCGGGCUUUCUAAGACCACGAGUAUGGCGUCCAGUAUAUGGCUUGCCAUGGGCCUGAAGUUGAUGAUUACCUUGGGGUGGUUUGUUUGGCAGCGGCGGGAGGAGGGAGAAAGAGUGAAUUUGAUGUGUGAUUUGGCCUUGGUUAUUUUUGCGUCCCCUAUUUAA